UGAGUGUGACUCUGGACCCCAGCACAGCGCAUCCUAAAAUGUUGGUGUCUAAGGACCUGAAGACUGCAAGAUACAGUCCAAAAUCCCAGGAACUAACCGAAAACCUACAGGGAUUUGACUGGGAGCAAUGUGUGCUGGGCUGUGAAAGAUUCCUUUCCGGAAAACAUUGGUGGGAGGUUGAGGUGAACAUGGAGGAGAAGAGAGCACCUGAGGGACAUCUGUUUGAGAAUCCAGCAUGGGCCAUUGGAGUUGCAAUAGACUUCAUCAAGAGGAAGGGGCCUGUUGACUUUAACCCUAGCGACGGGAUCUGGGCUGUAGGAGAAUCUGUUGAUGAUUUAUCCUCACCUGGUCAAGUCUCUGCUUUUACUUCUCCAAAGCCCACACCUCUGAUCUUGAGACAAAAGCCCAAGAAGGUCCGGGUGGCCCUGGAUUGUGAAGAGGGCUGGGUGGACUUUUUUGAUGCAGAUACUGAUGAAUUUAUCUAUACUUUCUACUUGGGAACAUUAACUGGGGAGAGAAUCCGACCUUUUUUCU